GGAUCAUACAAGAUAAGAGUGAACCAACUUCAACCUCUUGCUCCAGCUGGUCCUGCAUUCCUGCGUCUUCUGUAAGCAGUCCAUAUUCUGGGCGAGGCAAGUUUUAAGAAUAUAGGGAGGUUUACCUAAGUUAGUAUUCCAAAUCGAAUGGCUCAGGCAACUAGAUCCACCGGAGUUGUGAAGUGGUUCAGUCCCCAGAAGGGCUAUGGAUUCAUCACAAUGGACGAUGGCGAUAGUCUUUUCGUCCAUCAGUCUUCUAUUAAGUCUGAUGGUUUCCGGAGCCUUACCGUCGGGGAACACGUACAAUUUAUGAUCGGAAAGGGAGAUGACGGGAAGACGAAAGCUGUAGAGGUCACUGGUCUAAAUGGAGUGCUUCAGGGAGGAGGCAACACGAGGGAUAGUUACGGCGGUGGCGGUGGAGGAAGGGGCAGCCGUGGGAGUGGUUUUGGCUUCGGAAGAGGUGGUGGAGGUUACGUUGGUGGAGGUGGUGGUUAUGGAUAUAACGGCGGGGGUAGAGGUGGAGGACGGAGGGGAGGUGGUGGUGGUGGCGGAUUCGGUGCUGCUGGUGGAUACGGUGGUAGUGGUGGUGGCGGAUACGGUGGUGGUGGUAGUAGUGGUGGAUGUUACAGUUGUGGGGGGAUUGGACACUUGGCUAGGGACUGUCAGCAGGGAGGCGGAAGGUAUGGUGGCGGCGGUGGUGGUGGUAGUGGUAGCUGCUAUAAUUGUGGGGAGCAAGGCCAUUUUGCUAGGGAAUGUCCUAACAAUAUCAAUUCCUUGAACUAAACUUAAGUAGGCGAUCCAGGGGUUGUGGGUAACUUUCUAAUCGUUUCGUCAACUCUCUGUUUCUCUCUCUCUCACACUACUGGGUUUGAACUCUCUCCUCCCCCUUUUCAUAGUAAUGGUAGAUCUUGGACUUUUCAACCAUUUUGUUGAUGGAUGGUGUAAACGAGGGAUGAUGUUCGACAUUCGUAUACAUAUUAUGGCAAAGUCAUGAUUUCUAUACAUUUUGUCUUAAUUGGUCAGUAUAGAAUUAUUUGCCUAUUUUCUAUAUUUUUUUGAAUGGCCUGUAUAAGGCCACUGGUUUUGUAAUUACUGCUCUAUCCACAAGAAUGAUUUAUGUUGAUGCUCUGUUGCAUGCUUUCA